AUGAAUAAAGAAUCACGCUAUGCAUAUGUAACAAUUCAAAUUAUUUUGAUUAGACUAAAUCAUCAAUGUCUCCAAAUAAGAAUCAAAGAUCUUCUGAAGCUAAUGCUACCUACUCUACUGGUUUUUCCAAAAAAACAACAUAUAAGCCAACUUAAUCAAAUCAAACACCUAUUUCAAGUUAACUGCCUGAAAUUACUAAAAAGAAAACUAAGAAUGACAUACUUUGUUACUCUCAAGAGUUUCAAGAUAUCCUUCAAGUUGAAAUCGAUGAAAGGUAACGUAUAUCUAUCUAAUCAAAGGUAUCGAUAUUUAGUUAAAAAUGGAACCAUCAAAAAGAUUGAGAAUGGAGGAAACAUAAUCUUCUCUGAAUUAUAAUAAAUACCUGGCAUUUGGGUUUGUUAUAGAAGACCUAUGGAACGAGCUAAUAACUUAGAAAAAUUAAGUCUUGAUUAUUUAGAUUUAACUCAUAUGCCAUUAUUAGAGGGAGAAGAAAAGUUAAAAAUCUUAACAUUUCAGCAUAACAGAAUAUCAUCCAUUCAAAAUCUUGUCUCAUUACCUAAUCUAUUAUAUCUAGACUUGUAUGAUAAUUAAAUAAAAGAAAUCGAUGAAUUGAAAUAAGUUUAAAAAUUAAAAGUGUUAUUGUUGCCCAAAAAUUAAAUCAGAAGAAUAUCAAAUUUAGAUCAUCUCACUAAAUUAGAAGUUCUAGAUUUACAUAGCAAUCGUAUUGUUAAUUUGGAAGGAUUAAGUAAAUUGAAAAGUCUCAAAAUUUUGAAUGUUGGUAAUAAUCUAAUAACCAAAUUGGAAGCACUUGAAGAAUUAAACUCUUUAAUAGAAUUAAACAUUAAAAUGAAUUAAAUAGAGAAUAUAGAUCAUUUAUAAGGUAUAUUCAUAUAUCUGAUAUAGUUCUUCCUUAAUUAUCAAAAUUAUUUAUGUCCUAAAACAAGAUUAAUUCUUUCCCUUGUAUUUUCAAUUUAUCAGAAUUAUCUCUAGAAAAUAACCCAAUCCAAACCAAUAAAUCUGAUUAUUACAGAUAUAUAUGCUAAACAUUUGAGACAUUAAAAAUAUUAGACGGAAAACCUAUUGAUUAAAUUAAACAAGAGAUUUUAUUUGCUGAUAUACCAAAAACUGAACCAAUUAAAAAGAAAACUAUUAACUAAUAACAAAUAUAACAAUAAUAAUUAUAACAAUAAUCAAAACCAAAAAAACCUAAUUAAAUGGGUCUAGAAAUCCAUGGAGUUGCUUCAGAAUUUAAAACAAAGGAUGAAAUUGCACCUUUUGCCUAAAUUAAAAAAGACCCUAAUAAUUAUAAAAAUCCUACAACUUAAUAAUAAUAAUAACAACCAUUAAGAGAAACAAUACCAAGUUUAAAAAGUUCUUUAACUAAUACAGCUGCUGCAUAAGAUGAUGAUAUUUUAGUAUUGAUCAAAAAGCAAUGGACAGCUGAAUAUAAAAGAAUCUAAUUGCUAGAAAAAAAUAAUUAAUUUAAUAAGAAGAGUUGUUUAGAUCAUCAACUUGUUGAAGGAGGACAUGCUGAAGUUGAGGAUGUAUACCUUUGUGUAUAAUAUUUAGGAUGUCUUUUUGCUGAUAUAUGGAACUGCAUCAGCUAUGGUAUUACCAACUUAAAAUUUUAGCUAAAUUAUUGAAAAAAUCCAUUUUCAAUAUGUAUUUUUUGAUUCAAUUAUUGACACUUAAUUGUCAAUUUUAAAAGAUUAUUCAAAAUUAAAAGAACUAGUUUUGAAAGAUAAUUACAUCAAUAGUCUUUUAUAAUUAGCCAAAUUGGAAGUAAGUUAUCUUUAUCUAUACCCAAGCAUUUGAGUGAAAUUCAAAAAUUAACAAUACUGAAUAAUCCAAUUAAUAAUUGUUCUUUCAUGUUUUAAUUUUUGGUAUAUAGAUUUCCAUCUAUGAUUUAAAUUAAUGGAAAAGAUAUUAGAAAUGAUGAUAGACAAAAAGUAAAUUAUUAAAUUUAAAUUAGGCAAAACAUUUAUUCUCAAAUUUUGACAAAUCCUUAUAAAUUCCAGAAAAAUUACAAAGUUUUGAAAAUAUAAGAUAAUUAAAAAGCUUCCAAAAGGAUAGGUCCUAUAUUAAACAAUUUCAUAAAUGUUUAAAUGAUGUUUCUAAUGAAUAAAAGAUAGUUUACAAAUAUCGAAAGACUGUAAUAUUAAUAUAUAUUAUCUCAUAUGUAGUUUGACAAUAUUUAUGAAGAAUACUUGAUUUAAUUAAUCCAACAAUGUAAAGAUAAGGAAAAAUGA